UAAAGUGAAACAUCAAAUACUUGUUACUUGUUAAUGAAUGCGGAUUUAGAUUGUCCUUAUUAAAUUUGAGAUGAUUUGGACUAUGAGUGUAGCCUUACUGUAUAUAGUGACCUGUUUUGGAGAUGCUUCUACGCCGAGUCUGAAAAGAAUUGAGAGACAGUCACAAAGUGAUGAAAAUGCGGCUAUAGAAGCCCGCCAUGGUUGCAAAUGCGUGAAGUAUAUUUUGUGCGCUGGUAAUAACGAUAUUGACAUCUACGGCGAUAACAUCUUUGAAAAAAGGAGUAAAUUACCUACGAAAAUACCGUGCAAAGGGGGGACAUUUCCGAAUGAAAUACUUUGCUGUAACCAGAAGAAUACAGGAACUACUAGAAGUCGCGUUACAAGACUCCCCGAAGAUGUAACGUGCGGGUUCCAAAACACAGGCGUCAGAGACGAAAAUUUGGCUCCUAUUGAUGGAGAGUUUCCGUGGGUUGCAGCUAUCUACAAGACAUCUAAUACAGGGAAAUACGAGCUUCAUUGUAGCGGGACUCUGAUUCAUCCCAAGGUGGUGCUAACUGCCAAUCAUUGUGUAGUCUCUAAAGAACCUAGCGCUUUAACAGUGGUGGUAAAUGGAAAAACAAAUUGCUUUCUAGGGACAUCUACACCAGAUGAAAGGAGUGGUGUGUCUGAAAUCAUAAAACAUCCCAAAUAUAAUUCUGGCGCACGUUACUACGAUGCUGCCCUUCUAAUCCUUGACAGACAUUUCGCAGUUGGAGGGCAGGGACUGAUCAACACCCUGUGUUUACCGCCCGAUAAAUUCGAUUUAGAGGGCGUUAGGUGCAUAGUGGCUGGGUGGGCAAAGAAUGAACAGAAUGUGCAAAUACUAAAAAAAGCAACAGUGCCCUUUGUAAAUCACGAUCAGUGUCAAACCCUGCUAAGAAAAACCAGGCUGGGUCUGUAUUUCAAUCUCGACCAGUCCUUUAUGUGUGCAGGGGGUGAAGAGGGUAGAGGGGCUUGUACAGGUUCCGGAGGAAGUCCCCUGAUGUGCUCCAUACCUUCAUGGAGUAGUCAGUAUUCUCAAGUGGGAAUCGUGUCCUGGGCCAUCGGAUGUGGGAUGAAAGACGUUCCAGGAGUUUACACGAGCAUCGGAAAAGUCGCCGAAUGGAUAAAUAGUGAAUUACAAAAUAGAAGUUUGAAAAUAUAAUGGUUGGACCGUUGAAUUUAAAAUUAAUUUUCUAUACUUAAUUUUGUAUAAGUUACAACUUCGUCAUUUGCAGACUUCUCUCUUUUCAUAUUUGCUGGAAAGUUAUAAUUUUUGACAUAUUUCAGGAUAGAACGACAUAAAACAACUUAGUUCUCCAGAACAGUUGAAAGAAACACGCAAAUCAGUUGCAGCAAGCGUUGUUAAAGUUUUAUGUUUAAUAGUAAUUAAUAAUAGGUAUUUAUUAUUAAAUUAGUCAUUAAA